AUGCAGGUGAUCGGCUUUGCUAGCCAGAUCAUCGCAGAUUACCAAACGGUCACCAACAUCAAGCCUUCAGACCAAAGCCUCAAGAAGCGGGCAGAGAUUCUGGAAAAAAUCUCCAAAGGUCUGAAGAGCAAGCUGCCGGCCUCGGCUGGACCAAACCGCCAAGACGUACAAGACUUGUACGAUGUCGCUAAAAAGACUUUGGCUGUCUCUUUAGCCUUGCGAGCCGCUAUUGAUGACGCCUAUAGCGGCAGAUGGACAACGGCCGAUGCCGUGGCCAUCCAGCUUAGCGCGGGCUUUGGUCGUCUUUACAACGACCUGAAAAGAUUCCUCACGGAAUUCUCCAGAGCGGAGGAGUAUCUCCAGGACCAUGUCGAAACUCAACUGAAGCAGCAGAUGGAGGCGCAUAAACCGGGGCGACUUCAUACCGACAAUCGGUUCCACGAACAAAAGUCUAAGCAGAGACUGCAGCAGCUUCUUUCCAGUCUCAAAUACCCCGGAAUGAACAACCGCGCCAAUGCCGUGCGAAACUCCGACCCUGAUUCAUUCCAUUGGAUCUUUGCAGAGGGUAGCGAGAAUGCCUUUCUUCACUGGCUUGCGUCGAGGAAAACCUCUUUUCUGGGUCAAUGA